AUGUAUAAAGGUUUAUCAAGAUGGCGUUUGUAUAUAAGUUUAUCUAUAGGAGUCUUGUAUAUAAGUUUAUCUAUAGGAGUCUUGAAUAUAGGUUUAUCUAUAGGAGUCUUGUAUAUAGGUUUAUCUAUAGGAGUCUUGUAUAUAGGUUUAACUAUAGAAGUCUUGUAUAUAGGUUUAUCUAUAGAAGUCUUGUAUAUAGGUUUAUCAAGAUGGCGUUUGUAUAUAGGUUUAUCUAGAGAAGUCUUCUAUAUAGGUUUAUCAAGAGACGUUUGUAUAUAA